AUGGGUCGAAAUCGACUCGAAGAUGCGUCAUGCGCCAUCUGUAUGGAUUCGCUCUUUACCAAGAGAGAUGAUUUGGAUGAAUUGAUUCCCAUAGCUACAUCUGACUGUGGCCACGUAUUCCACGAACCGUGUGUGAUGGAAUGGUUCAAAACUCAAUCCGAACAUUAUCUCGCGACAGCAAGAGAUCAAGGUAUAAAUGGUAGAUAUGGCUCACCAAGUUUAUCUGAUGCACCUGCAGAAUGCCCUUCUUGUCGCACUGAAUGUUUUGCGGAUCCGGAAACGGGUCAACCUACAAUUCAUAGAUUAUACCUCAAUUUCGAAAAUACAACUUAUUCUUCGAGUAUGCUCGGUUCUUCUCCUGUUAGUUCAAGUAGAAGAUUAGAAAAAGGAAAAGGAAAGGAAAAGGAAAAGGAAGGAGGAAAAGAUAAAGAAGUGAUAGGAUUAGCUAGAAGAGCUAAAAAUGUAACGGAGGAAGUAAAAGGUUUAUCCGCCGAUAGUCAAGAUGAUGAAGUGGAAGGUAUGAUCAGAAGAGGAGAAGCUUUAUCACAGGAUCUAGUAUCCCAGAAAGCUCUCAACGCUGUUCAGAAUCACAUCACCAAUCUCACAAACGAACUUGCCAAACUUCGGAUGACCCUCCAAACCAACCCUCUCAUACCAUCUCUUCGAGCUAGGGUAGCAGAACGCGAAUUGGAAUUAACAAAUCUUCAUCGACAAAUGCGUCUUGAUCUUUCAAGGGAAACAAAGAAAAUCAAAGAUGACGAACAAGCCAAAUGUGAAAGACGGGUGAAAAGAGCACAAGAUGAGAGAGAUCUAUUUCAACGCGAAUACGAUAAAGAGAAAGUAGCUAGGAAAACGGGAAUGAGAGCUAUGGAAGAAAGAAAUUUGGAGUAUAAGAGAAUUCUCGAUGAAACCACUGAGUUACUAAAGCAGGAGACCAAAAGUCGAAAAGAUUUGCAGGAUGUAUUGUUGGAAAGAGGGAAACACCUCAAGAUACUUCAAAAGAGGGCAGAAGACCGUAGAGUCCUUAAAGCUCAAGUCGUCAAACUUGAAGCUGAAAAUGCUCGACUCAAAUCUAUCCAACACCGCGCGUCUUCCACCAAACGUCCUUCUUCUCCUGAUAUAGAUUGUGACCAGCAAGAGUACAACGAAGGUGAUAAGAGUAUCCAAGAGGUCUCCAGAUCACAUUUCCCGACUCAGAGUGGAACCGGUGCAUCGAGGAGAUCAAAACACGAAGAUGAAGACUCGUUACAGAUUGAAAUGCCAUCAUAUCAUGACGAUUCAUCUGUCCGCUCACUAUCCAGAUUACUUCCAUCUCGCAAAACGAUGAAACAACUUCAAUCUUCUGAUGAUCACCUAUCCGAAGGCAGAAUCACUAGGAUGCACCCUACCGCUCGAACAAUCCAGUUUGAUUUAACUGAUAAUAUCACAAAAGACAGAAAAAGAUCUACUUCAAGUAAAUAUUUCCCUUCUGGAGCGUCGGAUCACGAAGGUGAAACGGAAAAUCGAACAUCAGGCAGCGGAUCGUCAUUCGAGGACAGGGAGGAAGUGGAUGGUAGUGGAGUGAUUGUACACGCUACCCCUAGUCCUAUCAAAGAAAGAGAGAGAAUACCCAGUCCAUACAAAAGAAGUAAGACAAAUCCAUUUAUGACGACCAAAGCAUCGAGUGAAAGAAGGAAAGAAUUACCUCUUUUGGCUAAGUUAAGUGAACCUUUAAAGUCAUCAAGAGAACCUCCUCCUAACAAAGGAUGGAAUGAUCGUUCGAUCAUAGAUUUAGCAAGCUCAUCCCCACCUUCAUCACCUAAUCGACCACCGAUGCAGAUCAAGAAAAGGGUGAAUAUGAAUUUGGGUGAAAGACUUAAAGAAAGAAGUGUGGUUGACAUGCUGGGUUUGAGAGAUGCCAAUGGAAGACCAAAAAAGGGAGUUGUAAGUGGACAGAAAAUAAAGAGGAAGGUCUAA